CACUCAGCCUGUUGAUUUGCUGUAGAGGUCUGUGUGUGUUGGUUGUCACCUCACCGGCUGCAGCUGUGUGUUCACAUAAGUGAAGAAACACACUAAGGAUGGCCGGGGAGUGUGUUCCAGAGGGUCCCAACCUGAAGGAGAUGAGCGAGGAGGAACUCUGGGAGCUGAUCAAUGACAACCGCCACCGGAUCUCCUUAGGGGUCCGACCAUGCAUCUUGAUCCCGUAUCUGAGGCAGGUUAAGGUUCUCACGGAGGUGGAUGAAGAUGAGAUCCUUUCCUGUCAUAAUCUGACUAACCGCUGCAUGAGAACAAGCUACAUGUUGGAUCUGUUGAGAACACAAGGAAGAAAUGGAGCUAUAGCUCUGUUAGAGGGCCUGAUGAUCCAUUAUCCAACUCUCUACACCCAAGUUACAGGACGUAAGCCCAGCACAGAGCCCUCCAGAUUCAGUGGUCUGAUCAAGUACUCGGAGCUCACUGAGUACCUGAUCAGGGCGGUAACAGGAAUGCAGACAGAGUUGCAGGAGGCCCGCAAUGAGGCUGGCAAGAUGAGCGCACGCUGCUCCUCCUUAGAGUCGGAGGUUGGACAACUGAUGGAGCAGGAAGAGAAGUCCAGGAACCUUCAGGCAGAAAACGGACGUUUGCAGAGACACUUGAGUUCCUUGCAACGGGAAGUUACCAAGCUGAAGGAUGAAAAGUGUGAUCUAUACAUCCGCUACACUGUUGCUAUUGAAGAGAAAUCUGCUCUUAACGGCCGGCUCCACGACCUGAACCUGCAGGUAUAUCAGCUGCAGACGGAGCUCCAGAAUAUUCAGAUGGAGAAGGAGUUCCACAAACAGCGCUCCCUUCGAAAUCUUUCCUCUUCUCACACCCCACAGCUGCAGGAGGCUCAUAAGGACAUCCUGGAACAGGACCUAGCAGAGGCAAUUGACAGUCAGGUGGAGCUUGCAGAGCACCUAAAGAGCUACAGAGAAGAAAAUGAAAAGUUGCUGAGAGAAAAACAAGGGCUCCUGGAUCAAACAGAGACUCUGAGCCUCCAGGUGCAGCAGCUUUCUCUGGACUGUAAAAUGCAUCAGCAGAAGAGCACUGUGGUUCAGAGUCAGAUGAAGGAGCUUCAGGUUGAGAGAGACCAGGCCUACCAGUCCAGAGAUGAUGCCCAGGCUAUGAUCGCCCGCAUCCUGGCUGAGAAGGACACAUUGAGGAGUCAGCUGGUGGAGCUCCAGGAGGCCGUCUUUGCGCUUCAAGCUAAGCGGAGCCCUAGGAUCAAACUACAAAGCUCGGAUGUGAAGGAGAGGAGCUGGGACAGCGAAACCUCCAGCUCUGAAGAAUGUCUGCUUCCUGUUCGACGAAGGCUUCGACGCAUGGAUGCUCUUAACCCCAUGUCCCUAAGUUCUUGUCUUUCAGAAUCAGAAAAUGCUUUGCCGACCAGUGUCCGAUCCAAAGGUGUCGAGCCACCCAGUCCAGAGUCUCUCCGUCGAAGACAGGAAAUUUUAUACGAAGACAGCAGUUUGGAGGCAGCAGAGACUGACUCUCUACUGGAUGAAUUUGUGUUCCUUCCUGAUGCAGGAGGUGAAGACGAACAGAAACCCAGAUCACCCUCUACUCGUAGCUCUGUCUGCCUCUCCAGAAGCUCAGCCCCCCCCUUCCUUGUGCGCUCUCGUCCAAAAGCGAUACGUGUAAACGGCCGUGUUCUCAGCAUCUCCCUCCAGUGUGAGGCACUGCUUAGCCAGAUAACUGUAGUGGGAGGAAAUAAGUCGGGGGUGUUUGUGCACCAGGUGACUGAAGGCAGUGCUGCCCAUACUGUUGGCAUCUCCCCUGGGGCGCAGAUAGUGGAGGUCAGGCAUGAGCAAAAUAACAAAGCUCUGAAGAUGGUGUUGGAGGACUCCACUUUAGAAGAAGCUACAUGGGCUCUCAGCCAGGUUUCAGGCUUCUGUCAGCUGUCGCUUCGCCCCAGGCAAAAUGACUACGAGGCUCUGCUGCAGCAGCUGCAGAACAGCAAGAUGUCAUCAGGAGACUCCUUCUACAUUCGGGUCAAUCUAUCCCUUUCUGCCGGUGCCAGCUGGACCUUGGCCGUGUCCUGCAAUGAUAUCCUACAUGUGACAAACACACGACCUGCUGGCACUGAGGAUCUGUGGCAUGCCAGCCAAGUCCACCCGUGUAAGCUGCUCGAUCUCCAGAGCGGUACUGUACCCAAUUAUUACAGGGCGCAAAGACUAUUGAUUCAAACAAUUGAAGAUAUGAGCUUUCAGACAAAAAAGUGUCAAAAGGUUGGGCGACUGAACACACAAAGCGAGCAGAAGGUUGUGAGAAUUGUAAGCACAGGGCGUCAGGGGAGGAACCCUCUGUGGGUCAGUGUGGAGGAGGAAAACAACAAGAGCACAGAGUCAGGUCCUCCAUCAGCAUCCAAAAGCUGUGUAACCCUCAUGCCCUUCACCCUGGUUACACCUCAUUUCCCUCCAGUCUGCAGACCUAUCCUGCUGUUGCCUACAAUACUGGGCCGCAUGCUGGACAAGAAGCUGGCCAGCUGGCAGGGCUUCCAACUCUGUGAGCCUGAGGUUUUGACCUCCAGCGAGCAUGCUGCUCGACUCCAGAGGUCUGAGAUUCUGGAGGAGGUUGAACCGGGCGGAAAUCAGUGCUUCACCCUUCAGAGUGUUGACAAGGUCAUGAAAAAGGGCCUUCACUGUGUGCUGCCCUUAGGUCUGGACUGUGUGCGUCGGCUGCACCGCUACGAGAUCUUUCCAAUUAUCAUAUUCAUUGGCGUAUCUGCGCGCAGUGCCCGUAAACUGAGGUCAAAGCUGCAGCGUAAAGGCCAGACGGAGGAACAGCUGCUGUCAUGUUUGAAGAGCGAGGAGCCGCUGCUGGACAAGCUGCCGUGUCUGUACCACAGCAUGGCUCCUGACUCCUGGUGUGACCUCAACUCGCUGCUGACCAGCCUCCGCACCAUCAUCUGGGAGGAGCAGAGGAAGAUCGUCUGGGUGGAGCCAGAUCUGUGGUGAAGAUGGAAGAGAAUGCUUGAUUCUCAGCUGUGGAUACCACAAUAAUGAAUAAGCUUUACAAGAGAUUUCUUUGUAAACAUGAGUAUGUAUCUGUGAUACUUUUUAGUAUAUAAGAUAUUUAUAGAUUGUAUUUGUUUAUAACAAGCAUAUUUAAACACUCAAAAAAAAGAAGUAAAAAAAAAUCCAAUGAACUUUGUUUCCAAGUUUGAAGAUGUUUCGCUUCCCAUCCAGGAAGCUUUUUUAUUUAAAAAUGUCAGGAAUAGUGUUGAGUUCGAGGUUUUAUACAGUGGCCCAUCAAAACCUUAUUUUUGUUUUGAAAACAUGCAAAUUGAAAUGGAUGAAGGGUUCCAUUCCUUUGGAAUGGGGCGUUUGGCUUCUUUUGUUAGCCUGUCAAUGUAUGACCCAUACCUUACAAUGUCUCUAAAAGGGUUGUUGUUAAAGGGCAUUGUUGGCCUGGCUGAAUAGGCGAGGUCUUCUGCUCUUCUGUAAAGCCCAGCGUACACCGUGCGAUUUUCGGGGCAAUUUUCCAGUCAUGAGAGAAUCUUUCAAUCGGGUCGGCUUUCAGCCUGAUCAUGCGCUGUGAGUUGUGUAGUGUACAGGGGGUUACGAGCACCGAUCAGCCUCUCACGACCACCUCCUGAUCAGGAAUUGUGAGGUCGGAUUUUUUCCCGACCGUCGUGGGGAAAUUGCUCAGUGCACAUGCACAAACAAGGAUACUUCUUUUUAUUCUUCCUCUCAGAUGUAAACACAGUAGUGUGGCAGGGAUGCAAUGAGUGAAAUGCAGAUCCGUCUGCAAAAUUGACGGACCGCAGCAGCCACGCCUGCUCAUCCAUGUCCUUUUUCCAAAUACGUGGUCGCCCUUUCUUUCUAGGACCCUCAGCACAAAUUAACAAGGCAGCCAGUUCAUUAUAGUGAGCUUAAUAUCCCUCUUCUAUUUGUUUGGCUUCAGGAUAGAGAGCUACAGAGCAGCUCCAUCUCACUGCCGAGCUGAGUCCGACAUGGUUUUUAGUUGCACAGUUUGAGCAGCUAGAUCGCAUCAGAGCGUCGCGCCGAACAUAAAUCGUGAGCUGUGAACUCACCCUGUACGACUAAAGCCUGUGUUUAGUCUUACUGUUUGACCGGCAGCUGCGUGGAACAAUUUAAAAAGAAUUGCACAGUGUAUGCCGGGCUUAAAGGGGUUGCAAUGAUAGCGGGAAGGGAUCAGCUCAAUUGCUCAAAAGAAUGUCUGGUCCUGAGGACCACAAUGUUCACAUUUUUGACAAAGAAAAUAGGUGGUUUGAGGGGCGCGAAGGAAGCCAUGUUAAGAAAGAAAAGCCAACUUUAAACAGAAGAGGUGGACUUUCAGCUUUCAAAAACCUACAAUGCAGCUAUUGAGUUAAUCCCUUCCCACUAUCAUCGCUUUAAUUGAAAAAACUUCCUGGAUACAGUAUAUUUGUUUACCAUGUUGGUUUUGUUUCUUUUUACUAAUGAUUUGGCAUUGGUUGGCUGUUUGGGUGCACACAUUUGGUUGACUCGUUUUGCCACAAUUUUCUUGUAUGAUUUAUUUAGAACUAAUUAUUUUCUAUUGAGUGUCCAGUUCCUGUGAGGCUGUCAUGUACAGUAGGCUUGGCUGGGGCGGUGAAGCAGGAGUCCCAGCUGCAAAUAAUCUCAGUGGCUCUGAAACUUGU